CUCACCGCGAACGUCUCUCCUCAUCGUCACCUCUGUUCCACUGCUCGGCCGUCACCUCCUCUCACUGCUCGAGCAGUCGAGCUUCUUCCCUUUAUUCUCCAGUUCUCGCAACGUUGCUUCCGAACUCCUCCUUCAGCCCUCUCCCCUCCAAGUUCCAACCCUAAUUUCCAUUGCACCCUAGUUCGGCGUCGUCUGUCUCUCUCUCUCUCUCAAACUGCAGCAGCAGUGGUGCUCACUAAGCCAGCGUCGCCUAACAUUCAAAAUUUAGUCACCUCUGGAAGCUCUGCUCGGCCCUCUUCUCCUCUACGUCGUUGCGUCUGGCCCUCUUCUCUCUCGCACAUUGGUAGCUCUUUGACCCUCUUCUCUCUCGCACAAGCUCUUCUCCUCUGGGUCUCUGUAUAAUCGUUCCUCCUUCGCUAGCAAUUCUGUUUCGCUCCUCCCUGCCUCACCGUCUGUUUCGCUCCUACCUUGGCGUCAGUUUCGUGCCUCCCUCGCCGCGCGGUUUUGGUAUACUAGUAUCUCUGUUUCUACAUCCUUGUUGAUCAAGAAUGCAAUUUUUCGGAGGGUCCGAAAUCAGUCCAUCACCUCCUGUACCAACAGCUUCAGGGAACAAUGGCCAUAUGAUGUAUGUGUUCAAUAGGAAUGGUGUAUGCUUGCUCUAUCGGGAGUGGAAUCGCCCAUUGCGGACAUUGAAUGCUCAGCAAGACCAUAAGUUAAUGUUUGGACUUCUUUUCUCACUGAAGUCACUAACAGCGAAGAUGGACCCUACCAUUGCAGAGAAAGGAAACCUUGGUGUGCCUCAGUUGCCCGGCCAAGGUUGUUCAUUUCACAGUUUUCGAACCAAUACAUAUAAACUUAGUUUCAUGGAAAGUCCUUCCGGAAUAAAGAUUAUCCUAGUGACUCAUCCUCGAACCGGUGAUCUGCGGGACUCCUUGAAGUAUAUCUACAAUUUGUAUGUUGAAUAUGUUGUCAAGAAUCCGCUCUAUACACCCGGAUCUCCUAUUAGGUGUCAGCUGUUCAAUACAACAUUGGACCAGUAUGUGAGAGGCAUUGCCUAGAAGCUAUGAAGUUCCCAAUCACCAUUAUUGGUGAACCAUUGAUCACCAUUAUAACUAAACUCAUUAUUUUGUGAAGAUUUUUAAUAACUUUUUUUAUCCUUUCAUCUAAAAUUGAAUCUUUCCUUUUUCUGUCCACCAAACCACCACGCGUAGUUGACUGAAUUCUACUAUAGUGUCCAGUCGUUAAUGUGAUCUUGAAGAUCUUUGAUCUUCAGUUGUUUUUGCUAGAGUUGCUGC